UAUGAAAUAACUCGUUUGUGAUGCCACUAUUUGAGUAAUCCAGAUUUUUGCAAGUUUAACAAAAGCGAUUGUACGGCAGUUCUUGGGUAAUCAAUUUUGGGGCAUUAAUGCGAAAACGUAAAUAAAGUAUAAAGAAAACUGCGAUUUUAAAACAAAAUACUAGAUAAUUGUCCUUGCAAUGUAAAUUGAUAAAAAAAAAUACAUAAUUAAUCUAUACCGAGAGUGUAAAUGAAUAUGGCCCAAGCGAAUUCAAUGAAACAAAUGGGCUCCCGUAUGCUAGGCUGCGCAGUUGAGCGUAUGCAGUGGAGCAACAAAAUGGAUUUAAUUGCCUACGGUACCGACAGAGGGGAAGUCAUUAUACAGCGUUUAAAUUGGCAGAAGAUUGUAACGUUUCCCUCACUAGGCGAAGAUAUUGCGGUGCGUUCACUUAGCUGGCAGUUGGAUGAAACUGUUUUAGCUGUCGGCUACAGCAACGGGCGAGUGGCUUUGCUUGACGCUGAGCGUGAAGAUCAAAUUUCCGUUCUUAAUUUUGAAGAUGAAAUCAAACGUGUCUAUUUCAGCAAAUCUAUAAAAACAUCAGACUAUCGCAGCACAUAUCGUAAUCGUACGGAACACACAUUCGACUUUUUCUUACCACCUUUACCGCCGUUAAGUGGCAUAGGUUCUGCCACUAAAUCACCAGAUGAGCAAAGAUCUUUUGCUAAAGGUUCACCAUGCUUUCUGGUCGUUAUUACAGUAACUGGCAAAGUCCAUUUGCUGUUGCUUGGCGCAUUGCGUGCCGGACAAAUAGAUAUAAAGCAGCAUGUUGCACAUCCAAAUGAUUUCAUUGUGCACGAUGUACGCCUAAAUGGGAAUUUCAAUGCCGUAUAUGCAUUAGUAACCGACGGCUCAAAUUUAAAAGUAUUACAUUUUCACAACUCCGUGCUACAGGAGUACAUCUCGCCAAUGCUUCACCUGGCAGUGCACUGCGCCAAUGUCUUAGAGACUAAAAAUUAUAUUAAUGAAACAAUACAAUGUAUCAUGGAAGCUUGGGAGACUGUGCUUUUGGAAAUGGAUAAUAAACUAACAAAAUAUGCCAAUCAACAACCAGAAGGUUCACUUUCGGCAGAUUUUUUAGAACUACUUGUAUUUGGCUAUGCAACACAUGAAAUUGAAGACUUUCUUAGAGACGACCUAACCGAAAAGGGAGUCAAAAAAUUAGCAAACUCCAUUGAUCUUAGUUACUCAACGGUCGAGAGUCUUGUUACCAAACAGCUACAGAGCAGCGGUGUUAAUAUGUUCUUUUUCCUAAAUUCUCUAAAAGGACUAAGUCGAGUCACUUACUUCUUUGAGCCACUACUAUCAUGUGAAGUAACGCAAGAGGCACUUCGUGCAUGCGGUGCCUUUUUAAUGAAAGUGUUGGAAGUUCAACAAGUGAUCGAUCAAUGCGUUAGUGAUAUGAAGCUCUUUUUCUCUUGGCUUUGCAUCGUUAUUUUACGCCUUCUUCAGCAUGACAUACCGGAAGAAAUGACACAACUUACACCAGAAGACACUAUUUACUUAGCGGAAUAUUUAAAUAGCUUUGAGGAUAGUGUUGUAGAGAAUGACGAUGGCACAGUAACAAAACGCAAAUUUAAUUUGGAAAAGGUUGGUCAAUAUAUGGAGAAUCGUAAUUUGCAGCAGAUCGUCAAAUCAGAUCCGCAUCAUUUGUGGCAUCGUUUGCUGGAUGAAAACGAAUGUUUACGCAAUUGCACAUUACUCUUCCCGCACGAAAAAGAAACUUCACUUAUUCAACAACGUGACAAGCUUUUAGCAGCUGUUGAUGAGGUUUUCAAGCGACCCGAUGAGAGUAUAAGUGCUAGUUUUGUUCAGGAUGCAGAAAUAAUUUGUGCUUCGUGGCUUGCAGAGAGUGAAGGAGACAAACAUGCUUUAGUACAUAGUUCAUUCGUUGCGAAUGAAGAUGCUAAUACUGAUAUGUUGGUGACAACAAUAAAUCAUCAUGAAGUAUUGCUACUCGAAUUCAAUAAAGAAUUUUCCUUAUUGCGUUGUAUGCGCUUAGAUUUACAACCAGGACCGUUCACCAGCGAAGCUCUACGUGAUGAUGUUUACAGCAAAUUACAACUCGUUGAUUUAGAAUUUUAUAAUGAAGGCACACUUUCCCUAUUGAUACAUAGCAUCGCUCAAAAUGAAAGUAAACAAAGCUAUUUCUUACAAUUCGCUUUGGAUGCGGCGAAAGGAAAGCAAACUCAACAUUUGAUGCCAAAUAAUAUUAGUUUGUUAGAUAUGGUUUAUCCAUGUCAUGUACCCGAUUUAAUGGAAGGUAACAAUUUGAAGCCACUUGAGGGCGAGUCCACGCAUAUGACAGUGUCAGGCAGCAGAAAGGUUGUUACUAUACUCUCAGAACAAUGCCGGAAAAUGACCAUUUUCGAAAUGGAAAUCGAAGACGAUGAGGAUGAUACGGAAAUGUCCCAAAAUUCGCUCUUAGAAAUAAGCAAAGAAUCUGCAACAUCAUCAAAUGAAUAAAAUAAAGCUGAAUGCCCAUAAA